CUUUGGCUGCGCUUGCUUCUAUGCGAUGAACUUGUGCAUUAUUGCAGAAGCGCAAGUCAGGAACGGCGGUGGAACUUGUCUAAAAUUAAUGAAAGUUCUACCAAAUAUAUUGACUACUCUUUCUGAAAUGAUUCACAUUUUUAUAUUUCAUCUUUGGUUUUCUGUUGGGUAAUGCAGGAAAAUGCAGUGUCACCGUGCCAUUAAAGUCGUUAAGUUUCGUAGAUCACCAGGGAUGUUUAACGUUUCAAUGCGUUAUCUUCCGUGACACCAGUCUUGCGGGCAGAACAGCUGACACGGUAGCUUUUACUUUGUGUCAGAAUGGAUCCGAUCGCUAAAGGAAAAUUAGCAGUCGAGACACUGAAAAGUUUUGUAAACAAUAGUUUGUCCAAUAAAGAACCAUGGCAGAUAGUGACAAUGACCACUGGAGCAGUAUUGGCAACCGUUUGGUUUUUUGAUUUCAUCAACCAAGACGAAAGUGUUCCAUCCCGGUUAAAGAAGACCGUGUUUCGAUUAGCAAGGAAAAUACCAGCAGUUGCCAGGAGAAUUGACAGUGAGAUGAGUAAUAUGAGAAAGACAUUCGAAGAUGAGGUCAGACAUCGCAAUGAGAAAAUUGACUACAUCACAAACUUGCCUGAAAGUGGAAAGAACCGCGAGGAAAUACUCAAACAAGUUAAAGCCUAUUUGGAACUAGGAGACUACGAUUGGAAAAAAGGAUAUGUUUCAGGAACAGUGUACUUUCAUAAUCCUGAACUUAUUGAAUUGCUUACUGAAGUUUAUGGUCUUGCAUCCUAUACAAAUCCACUUCACCCUGAUGUUUUCCCCGGUGUCUGCAAAAUGGAAGCAGAGGUGGUUAGAAUAGCUGCAAAUCUCUUCCAUGGCUCCCCCUCUGCAUGUGGAACUAUGACUACAGGUGGAACUGAAUCUAUAUUGAUGGCAUGCAAAGCAUAUCGUGACUACGCAAAAUUUGAGAGGGGUAUCAAACAUCCAGAGAUUGUUUUGCCAAAAACAGCCCAUCCAGCAUUUGACAAGGCUGCAUUGUAUUUCGGCAUGAGAAUCAAACAUGUUCCUGUUGAUCCUGUCACCACCAAAGUCAAUAUAAGGGCAAUGAAGAAUUCUAUCAGUAAAAAUACAUGCAUGCUAGUUGGAUCAGUGCCAAACUUCCCCUAUGGAACUAUGGAUGACAUUGAGGCUAUAGCAGAACUAGGAAGGAGGUACAACAUACCUGUACAUGUAGACGCCUGCUUAGGAGGUUUUGUCAUUGUCUUCAUGCAAAAGGCAGGCUACAAAUUACCACCAUUUGAUUUUUCUGUUCCUGGAGUUACAAGUAUAUCAGCAGAUACACACAAGUAUGGAUUUGCACCAAAGGGAUCAUCAGUUGUUCUAUAUGCUGAACCAAAGUACCGCCACCAUCAGUUCACUGUUACCACUGAUUGGCCAGGUGGUGUAUACGGGUCUCCGUGUGUAAGUGGCUCCAGGGCAGGAGGUAUUAUAGCAGCUUGCUGGGCUACAAUGAUGUACUUUGGCUUAGAUGGUUAUGUUGAGGCAACAAAAAAAAUUGUAUCCACAACAAAGAAGAUUGAGGAAGGAUUGCGUAAAAUGAAAGGGAUAUUUGUUUUUGGAACUGCUGACACAUCAGUGGUAGCAAUUGGCUCCAAUGAUUUUCAUAUUUAUAGACUGUCAGAUGCAAUUACUAAACGUGGUUGGAAUAUUAAUGCACUCCAGUUUCCGCCUGGAAUGCAUCUCUGUGUAACGUACAUGCAUACUGCUGAGGGAGUUGCUGAGCGAUUCUUGUCAGACAUUCAGGAAGAACUAGAAAAGAUCCUGAAAGAACCUGUGAAAGAAGUUGGGGGAAAGUUUGCAGUUUAUGGUAUGUCACAAAGUGUUCCUGAUCGUUCCAUUGUGGGAGAUUUCACACGAUGUUUCCUGGACUCUAUGUACUACACACCUAGUCAACCUAAUGGUACAGGAAAUUCGAAGAGUGUUGUAUAGGUUUGUGUCUUACUUUCCACAAGAGACGAGAUUCUAAGAGAAAAGAAAUAACAGAAAACUCUGUGACCUGAGGAUUUUAAUUUCGUGUUGUCUUCAUAUCUAGUGCUUGUUCAGUAUAUAUUAGCACCAAAGAAGUAUUAGUGUACCUAUUAAAAUAUUGGAAAACAGUAUUCUAGGUGAGAACCAAUUUUGUAAUUGUGAUUCUUGAAUAAUUUCAAAGUAAAAUAAUAUGCUAAGGCUACAGCAUUGAAGAAAAUUUUGAGUGCCUUUUGACAGAAAUAAAGCCACAGCUGAAUUAUAUUUUAAGAAUGUUAUGUUGGUCUAUAUCUAUAUUUGUAACCAGUGUUUUUGUACAAUGGCUGUUUCUCUUCUCCUUCAAGUAUCUAUCCUUAAUAACAGAGAUAAGUGUGUGCCAUACAAUCUAAUAUUCACAAUAUGUACCACAUUUAUUAUAUUUUAUUAUUAUUGUAUUAUAUAUUUUAUAUACUAUAUGAAUAUAUGUAAGUUUUUCUAUUUUACAUAAGUGUUUCCAUUCUGUGGUUGCAAAUUGUGUACAGCAGAAUUAUACUGUUAUAAAAAAAAGUUGUUAAAAUUUCACAUUGUUAACUUACUUUUUUGAGAGUUUACAUAUAGGGGUAUGUAAUGUUUUGGGAAUUGUGUGAUUUUGCAUGACUGAUAAUGUCUGAGGUAGACCUGCCUGAAAUUUUAGUUAUCAGGAAGAACUAUGAUCACAAAUACUGUGAUGUGUUUACUCUAGUUUGUAGUGUCUAGUAACAAGUUAUCUGCCAUUUAUUUCUUGGGCAGUACCAAUACAAACUUAACAAACCCAUUGUAAACCUUGCAGAGCCGGUCAAGGUUGUAGUACCUCAGCGUGAUAAGUAAACAGUUAAGUACAGAAACUGAGUCAUUUGGUGAACAUGGGAGGUUAAUAGAGCAAUGAAUCAAUGUAAUUUCCUGUCUUUCGUUGUGUUAAAUAUUUGACUGACGAAAUUUAUGGAAGUACAUAUUUUUUAAAUGUGUAAUACUCAUACCAGAGUUGUGAAAUUUACUGUAUGAACAUGUCUUUGAUUUUGUGAAUUUCUAUUUUCCAAACUAUGGCAUUUACUAAUAGAAAAGUGAUGCAUUUUAACGCAAGUUCUGUUCUCAUAAUUGAUGCUCAUGUCAUUGCUUCUUACUGUGUUUUUAACCUUGCUACUCGAUAAAGUAGCUAAUGGUACAUUUGCAAUAUUCUAAAAAAAAUAGCCUUUUACUGUUUACUUUAUAUCAUGUGCUAAUAUAUCUUUUUUUCUUCCAAAGUACUCACAAUAAACAGUUAAUAUAUAUUUGUAUUUUAAAGAAUACUAGGUAUGGUAAAUUGUCCAUUUUGCACACUUUAUUCUGUGGAAUUCAUGCCCUUGAGAUGAGAAAAAUAAGAUAUACAUUGGAGUUAUGGCUGUCCCCACAGAAAAGCACCUUCAUAUUUGGGAAUGAAAGAAGACGCCAAAGAGAUUAAGUUAUGUUCUAUUUUACUCAAAUUCCUUCACACCUAAAUAAGUGACAGUUCUUGUAAUACUGUGAUGGUAUGUGUAGCAGCAGAGAGGCAAGUUUUGAUUUUGGAUAUUAUUUGAAAACUUUUUCUCUACAUGAAUACUUCUUGUGGAAAUGUAUCAUCUGUUAACUUGAUGAACUGUUGGAGGACAAAAAGGAGGAGGGAGGAGGGGGGGGGGGGGGGGGAGCGAGCACAGCAGUGCCUCUCCUGGUUGUUCCAAUGUGUUAUAAGUUAAUGCGAAAUUUUUUGUAAUAUUGUGAAAAACCUGAUUCUAGGUACUAUUUCUGUCCCUAAAAAGGAGGUUUUGAAAUUUUUCUUUUAUCACUUACCUAGCUGCCUCAAUGUUCUGUUGUGUCCAAGAAUGAAGUGUCUCUCUGAUAACUGAACAAAUCAUUUUGAAUUCAUCACAGCUAAUGAGGUUCUUUAAUUGUAGAGUGAAUAUGGAUUAACCAUGAGUACGUAGAAUACUUUUGAGAGAGCAGCAAAAUUUUUUGGUGUUUGUUGUGCUGUGAUUUUGAAUGUUUCUCAGAGAUCUCAACUGAGAAGUCUGUAAUCGAACAGCAAUAGGUUGCUCCUGUCAUGUAUGGGUAACAGAUCACUGCAGAAAGUUAUGCAAGUUGUGGAAAGGUUCACUAAACUCACAACUACUUCUUACGUAACAUUAUGAUUGGCUCAAAACAGAAAUUAAUAAAGAAGGAAGCAGAGAGAUCUCUUAGGCAAAAUACUCACUGAAGUAAAGGCAAAAUACUCUGUAUUUCCAAAAUAAAUCUGUAAAAAAAAAACAGUAAAAUAAUUACGUCAUUGUACAUCUAGCUAAGUAUUGAACCCUGCAAUUUGUAAAGCAAUAAACUUGCAGAAUUGAAAGUUUACUCAUUUUUCAAUUAAGCAUUUCUUUUAUUAUCAAUAACUUUAUCUAUUAAUUUCUGUAUAAUAAUGUUAACAGGGUUUGCAUGUGGUUUUUAAACCAGAUACAUUUAAAAAAACAGGUAAAUUACUUGAAACUGACAGCUUUGUGGAGAGAAAUAUCACACCCAAUGUAUUGUGUUUUUUGACGUUGUAUCCAUUGUACCUAAAACGAGGACACUGUGGGGUAGCACUGACCAUCAAGUAUCAGUUUUGCAAUACUUUUGAAAGACUGUGAAUGUUUUUUAGUUGUAGUACUAAUAUGCUCACCAGAUGCAAUUAACUGAGAUUCCAGAUUUUAAUUAAUUCAGUAUUUUAGUGUUGCAUGUUAAUUGUCUGAUAGGAAUGCUGUUUAUCUAGUUAUUUUCUCUUACAUGGGUUUUCCCAACCAUUAUGAUGAGUGAGUGUUUGGAUACAUGAAAAAGUUGUAACAUUGCUGAAGUGCUUGAUUUAUUAUUGUCACUGGGUAUAAAAGGCAUUGUUAUUUGGAUAUAUGUGAUGUACUGGGAAGAAUGUAAAAUGAUACAGUGUGCUAAAUAAAAACAAGAUUGCUAUUUUUGUAA